AUGACGAGGGAAGCGUUCAGCCGCGACUUGGAAAUCAAGGGGUCGGAUGACGAGGAUGACGACUCAUCCGACUGCUCCUUGCCCGACCUUGAGAUGCUCUUGUCACGUACAUCAAAGCCAGACGUGCUGCCGGGCCUCGUAGGCAAAGCUGCUUCUCCAAGGACAAGACUGCGUCGUCGAAGGCCGGGUGCAAAAUCACCCGCGCCAGCUCCUCCGAGACCCAUGUUCGACAUGAAAACACUGAUGGAACACCAAAGGCGAGAUGAAGCCAUCGCCGCGAGCUCGUCUAGACUGGACGGCGACGGUGAAGAGAAGAGCGCAGACUUGAGACCCGAGGCGGGAAGUGCGUUGCCAGGCAUCAACUGCGCACCACCUCCCAGUCCGAAUACUACCCGCAGGAAAUUUAUCAGUGUUGCCGGCGUCAACGACAAGGAGGUAGCUGGCAAGGCUAUGCGCGCCAUGGAGCGAACAGAAGCUGCCACGUCGACCAACAGCAGUGCCAAUGCAGGUCAAAUCCGGGAGCUUGUCACGCCCGGACGUCUACGUGAGCUGUUGGGCUGCAUGGAUGCUGCAGACGAUAUUGAUGAUGAGAAGGUCCAUCUUGUGCAGGAAGACCGGAAUGCGUAUGCUGGCAGAGAUUGGUCGGGACUGCGUACAUACCUCAACUGGCUGCAGCGAGUGGCGGGCAAUUUGAGACCCGAGUCCGUCAAGUACGCUGUAGUCACCUUGCUGCGCAUGGCGGCGGAUAGGACGCUCAUGAGUGCCAUUGAGACUCGAAUAGUUCACCAGACAGCCUUGACCUCCUUGGUCGAAGCUAUUGACGGGACUGACUGGGAUGACUUUUGUCAACACGCCUGUGCCUCGCUUUGGACUGCAUUUGAUACCAGCUCGUUACGCCUGGCGUCGAUUCAGCAGAUCGUCCCUACAACACGCAAAUCGCGAGAGUUGCGGCGGCGGCUGGCUUUGGCGUGCUUCCUCGGAGACCCAACACUCGCAAGGCAACAUCCAGAUGACCAGGGAUUCAUCCCAGAAGCUAUGCACCGCCUUAAGGGCGACGAGUUCCAUAUCAAGAGGAAGACAGACUACGUAGAGCUGAGGGCGCAGAUCCAGCUUUUCGACAUUGCACUCGACGACGGCUCGUUCUACCCCGGUAGUACAUCCUACGAUGCCGCCGCAGCCUUUGACGCCGAAGUCGACCACCUGGCUCAGCAGCUGAAGACUAUAUGGGGCAGUAUCAACGAUUCCGGGGCUGCCUACCUAUCGCGAACUGAGGCGAAGAACUCGAUCGAUUGUGCGCAGAAGCGCUUGACGUACGCAGUACGAACGAAACCUCCGCCCAAGCGAAACAUCUUUGAGCUGCCUGAGCAGCGCAAGGAGGUGGCGACAGAGACACAGAAAGCAUUCAUGAACAAGUUUAUUAGCGCUUUGAAGAAGCCGCCAAGACCAGAUGUACUUAAAGACGAAGAACGUCGGAGAUCCACGGCUGGCUCAGACGAUGCCUCGGGGGCAGAAGACUCGUUCAUGACGGCGGUCGGUGAACUUUCAUGA